AUGCCAUCUGUAGCAGACCCUAGCCAACCUAGACAAGAGCCACAACAUGAGUGGGAGGCUGCUUCGGUAGACGUGGCUGCCUGGAGCAAAACUCAGGAAGCUCAAAUGGAGAGAAGCACUGUUCUGGAGAUCUUCGGAAGUGAACAUACUGAGACAGCGAUUAGAAAGUGGGUGAGAGCUCUAGCCCCAGAACACUGGGCCUACAUUGUAGACACAGAAACAGAGUAUGACUUGGAUCGAGUCAGGGUACUACUGGAGUGGCAAGAAGAGAUACCUGUGUGCUUCCAGAGAGAAGAGUGUCGGAUGGAAUGUAAAGACGUCUCGGCGGAGAUCCUCUAUGACGUCCUGCAUGACGUGGAAUAUCGCAAGAAGUGGGACACCAACGUCAUCGAGACCUUCGACAUCGGGAAGCUGACCGUCAACGCCGACAUCGGCUACUACGCAUGGAAAUGUCCGAAGCCGCUGAAGAACCGUGAUGUCAUCACUCUGCGCUCCUGGCUGCCAAUGGGGAAGGAUUACAUCAUCAUGAAUUAUUCUGUAAGACACGCGAAAUACCCCCCGAAGAAGGACCUUGUAAGGGCUGUGUCCAUACAGACCGGGUAUCUUAUACUAGGAGGAGGACCCAACAGCUGUACAAUCAUCUAUCUGGCCCAGGUGGAUCCCAGAGGUUCUUUACCCAAAUGGGUAGUGAAUAAAUCGUCACAGUUUUUGGCUCCAAAGGCCAUGAAGAAGAUGUACAAAGCCUGCUUGAAGUAUCCAGACUGGAAAAAGAAACACAACCCCCUGCACAAGCCCUGGCUGUACCCAGAGCAGAGCACCCUGCCCACCAUCAGUCUGUCCGAGGUGUCCGUUCAGCACGCCGACUCGCUGGAAAACAUCGAUGAGAGCGGCGUGGCAGAGACCAAGGAUGACCGAGGAGAUGCCAGCGAUGAAGACAGUGUCAACUGAGAGGCAACAGAACCUUUGCCAGACCCUUGGUGGCAUUUUUGAGGACCAAAAAAAAAAACAGUGUCUUCGCCCUACGAUGUAGGGUUGGCGGAGAAAGACACUGAGGAUGGGUGGGGGUGGGGAGGGUCAAAAUUUUAUUUGGGAAGAAGGUGAUUUUUUUUUUCUUUUAAUACAAAUCUAAAGGGUUCUGGCAUUUGUUUUGCUCCUUUUCAGUGAACUGUUCAAUGACCGAGAACUGUUGCAUAUAGAUUUGGUGAUAAUGGCCUUCACUAGAGACUGAGCGUCAACUCUUAGGCAUCACCCCGUGAUACAAAUGCCACUCCGUGAGAUUGUAAUUUAAGUCUAUUUUGCUGUCUGAAUUUUUUUUUUUUUUUAAAUGUCUGCACUGCCGAGAGUGAAUAUUUUUAGUGGUGAGUCCUUAUGUGGCGCUAAUUGUUUUAAUGAGGGAUCGUGAGAUAGGAGCGGUGAGAGUGGCUCGGUGACGGACUGGACGCCUGAGAGACAUCGGAAGUGACAAGGCAAGGUGACGUCUUCAGAUCUGUUCACCAUAGAGAUAUUAAAAGAUUUUACAACUCA